AUGUCAGAGAAGAGAGGAAAGAUGAGUCUCUCACAGAAACAGAGUGUAAGAUCAGGCUCACAUGUGUCCAGCUCUGUGUCUGUGAAGAGUGACUGGUCAAAGGCUGAUCCACUAAACUUCAGUGAAGAAACAUCACGAACCAAACGGCUUCAGUAUGAAACAUUAGAUCCAGAUUUACAGUCUCACAGGAACCACAAGAAUUAUACAGACAGUCUCCUGCAGAUCUUCCAGGAUCUUGAGAGCAAAAUAAUGACAUUUCUAAAGAAAGAACUGGAAAAGUUUAAGAAAAUAUUACAAAAAGAGGACUUGCAGUACUUUGUGAAGGACUUUAAUGAGAACAGAUGCAGUAUGAAAGAAUCAGCUCUUGAUCUCACGCUCUACUUCCUGAGAGAGAUGAAGCAAGAUGAAGCUGCUGAUACUCUAGAAGAUGAGCUGUUCUUCAUUCACCAGCUAAAGUGUAGCCUAAAGAAGAAGUAUCAAUGUGUGUUUGAAGGAAUUGCAAAGCAAGGAGACUCUACACUUCUGAAGAACAUCUACACAGAUCUCUAUAUCACUCAGGGUUGUAGUGAACAGGUCAAUACUGAACAUGAGAUGAGACAGAUUGAAGUUGCUUCCAGACGUCAUGAAUCACAGGAGAUACAGGUUGAGUGCAAACAUUUGUUUGAAGCACCUGAACAAGACAAGCAGAUCAGAACUGUACUGACAAAAGGAGUUGCUGGCAUCGGAAAAUCAGACUCUGUGCAGAAGUUUGUUCUGGAUUGGGCCGAAGGAAAAGAAAAUCAAGAUAUCAGCUUCAUAUUUCCUCUUCCAUUUAGAGAGAUGAACUUAAAGGAGCAAGAAAAACUAAGUUUGAUGGACCUUAUAACUCAGUUUUUCCCAGAGACAGAAGGACUGAACCUUACGAGAAGAAAUCAAUUCAAAGUCUUGUUCAUUCUUGAUGGAUUGGAUGAAUGUCGUCUUCCUGUAAACUUUAAGGAUAAUGAGACGUGGUCUGAUGUUUCAUCACCAGUCUCUCUGGAUGUUCUCCUGACGAACCUCAUCAAGGGAAAUCUGCUUCCUUCUGCUCUCAUCUGGAUCACCAGCAGACCAGCAGCUGCCAGUAAGAUUCCUCCUGACUGUAUCGACCGGCUGACAGAGAUACGAGGAUUCAAUGAUGCACAAAAGGAGGAGUACUUCAGAAAAAGAUUCACGGAUGAGAAUCAGGCCAAAGAAAUCAUUGAUCAUGUUAAACAAUCAAAGAGUCUCUUUAUCAUGUGCCACAUCCCAGUCUUCUGCUGGAUUUCAGCCACUGUUCUCCAGAACAUUUUAGAGGAGAAAAGAAAUAAUGUUGUGAAAAACAAUCAGACUGAUGAUGCCUCCAAAACACUGCAGGAGUCAAAUACUGAAGACACUCCUAAGACUCUGACACAAAUGUACACACACUUCCUCAGAUUUCAGAUCCAGCAGAGCAGACGAAAGUAUGAUGGAGAACAUACAGCAGAUGUUUCCUGGGAUAAAGAUGCCAUCUUUUCACUGGGGAAACUGGCAUUUGAUCAGCUGGGAAGAAACCAUGUGAUCUUCUAUGACACAGAUCUGGAAGCCUGUGGUAUUGACGUCUAUAAGGCAUCAGUGUACUCAGGCAUGUGUACCCAGAUCUUUAAGGAGGAAACAGGGAUCACUCUUGGUACCAUGUACUGCUUCGUUCACUUGAGCAUUCAAGAGUUUAUUGCAGCCCUUUAUGCACAUCUGUUUCUAGACAUGAACAAGAAAUAUGUGUUUGAUCAAGACUCUGCAGAACAGGAAAACAAAAGUAAAACCAUGAUUGAUUUGCUCAAGACUGCAGUGGACAAGGCACUAGAGAGUGAUAAUGGACACCUGGAUCUUUUUCUUCGCUUCCUCCUUGGUUUGUCACUCCAGUCCAAUCAGAGACUCUUACAGGGUCUGUUGACCCAUGAAGAAAACAAUGAGCAGAGCAAAAAGGAAAUAGUUCAGUACAUCAAACAGAAAUUGGAGUCUAAUCUGUCUCCAGAGAGAUCCAUCAAUCUGUUCUACUGUCUGAAUGAACUGAACGACCAAACUCUGGUGAAAGACAUUCAGACCCACCUUAGCAAAAGAAGUCUCUCAUCUGCUGAUCUUUCACCUGCCCAGUGGUCUGCUUUGGUCUUUGUGUUGUUGACAUCAGAGGAGGAGCUGGAGGAGUUUGAGCUUCAGAAAUUCAAGAAAUCAGACGAGUGUCUCAUUAGAUUAUCAGCAGUCAUCAAAACCUGCAAAAGAGCUCUGUUAAAUGAUUGUGGCUUAACAGACAAAAGCUGUCCAGCUCUGGCUUCAGUUCUUGGAUCAGAUACCAAUCUGAAAGAGCUGAACAUGAACAAUAAUAAUCUUCAGGAUUAUGGAGUUAAGAUGCUCUGCACUGGAUUGAAUAAUAUUAAUUGCAAAUUAGAGAUACUGAGACUUUCAGACUGCAGUAUCAGUGAAGAAGGUUAUAAAGCUCUGUCUUUAGCUCUGAGAUCAAACCCUUCACACCUGAUAGAGCUGGAUCUCACAGGAAAUGAUCCUGGAGAAUCAGGAGUGAAGCUGCUCCGUGAUUUACUACAGGAUCCAAACUGUCAACUCAAGACACUGAGUCUGCGUGAAUGCAGUAUUACAGAGAAACAGUGUCUCAUCCUGACUUCAGCUCUGAAAUCAAACCCAUCACACCUGAGAGAACUGGACCUGAGCUGGAAUGAACUACUAGGAGACUCUGGAGUGAAACACCUCAGUGAUCUACUGAUGAACACACAAUUCAAGCUGGAGAAACUAGAUCUGUGUGGAUGCAGUAUUACAGAGAAACAGUGUCUCAUCCUGACUUCAGCUCUGAAAUCAAACCCAUCACACCUGAGAGAAUUGAACCUGAGCUGGAAUGAACUACUAGGAGACUCUGGAGUGAAACACCUCAGUGAUCUACUGAUGAACACACAAUUCAAGCUGGAGAAACUACAUCUGUGUGAAUGCAGUAUUACAGAGGAACAGUGUCUCAUCCUGACUUCAGCUCUGAAAUCAAACCCAUCACACCUGAGAGAACUGAACCUGAGCUGGAAUGAACUACUAGGAGACUCUGGAGUGAAACACCUCAGUGAUCUACUGAUGAACACACAAUUCAAGCUGGAGAAACUUCAUGACUGUGGCAUUACAGAUGUUUCUUCUUUAACUCAGUCUUUGACAAACACAAAAGCUCUGCAGUUUCUAAAAGAGCUUGAUCUGAGAGGUAAUGAGAUUGGAGACUCAAAGCAGAAGCUCAUUGAUGUGCUAAGAGACUCAAACUGUAAACUGAUGUGA